AAUAAGUACAAUCGAUAACUAAGAAACAUCAAGUUUCAACUUCUCUUUAAACAAAGUGCAAGAAAUUGUGUAUCCAUCGACAUUGUGAUCUAAAGUUAUAAGAUAACAAAGUUUAUAAAAUGUCUGGAUUAAAAUUGCUUUUGGAUUUGGCUGAAAAUUUGGACUCUGUUGCCUCCGCAUCACCAUACUAUAGCAGUGAUUUGGGAUUGGGCUUGAAUCCCUAUCAAAUCCAACGACAUCAGAGCCCCAGAGUUUUGAGCUUGCCGUUGGCCUUGGCCAACCUUCUAGAAGAUCGACCACUAGAAACGUCUAGAGCAUCACGUAGAGCAACAUCCAAUAUUGGAAAAGAUGGAUUUCAAGUUUCAAUGGAUGUCCAACAUUUCAAACCGAGUGAAUUAAUUGUAAAAGUGGUGGACAAUACUGUGGUUGUGGAGGGUAAACACGAAGAACGAGAAGAUGAUCACGGAUUUAUUUCACGUCACUUUGUUCGUCGAUACGUUCUACCAAAUAACUAUGACGCCGAUAAAGUCAUCUCGACACUUUCAUCAGAUGGAGUCUUGACAGUGAGCGUUCCAAAACCAGCUAUAGAAGAUAAGGCAGCAGAGAAAAUUAUUCAAAUUCAACAAACGGGGCCAGCACACCUGAAUGUGAAGGAGAAUCCUCAAGAACAGCCCAAGGAUUCUGGAGCAGCAGAAGAUAAAACCGCCAAAAAAUAAGUGUUCAAUUUUCUUGUGAAAAACCUCCUUACCGUAAAAUUAAUCUAAGCUUAAGCACAUUUCCCAUUACAAUUAUUUAUGUACAUAAUAUUUCACAACCAUGGUUUAUUUGAUUAAAUAAACAAUAAUAUUAAAAAUUUAA